UCCUCCGCCCCGCUCCCCCCCCCCCCCGGAUCUCUCCACCACACUCCGCCUCGCCGCAGCCAUGGUCCCCCUCCGCUUCUCCCCCUCCACCCUCCCCCGCCUCCCUGCUCCGCGGCCGCCCCACCACGCCGCUAUCGCCGCCACAGUCGCCGCGGCGGCGGCAGCAGCGGCCGCUGCCGCCAGCCUGACCCUCACCGCCAAGUCCGCCGGCCGGCCACUCCCGCAUCCCGCGCCCUCCGCCCCUCUCUGGGCCUCCCUCUCCCUGGCUAGCGGCGCCGCCGCCGGCUCCGUCGAGCCCCGCACCGGCGCGGCAUUCCCCGCCGAGGCCGCCGGCGGGCGCCGCCUCCUCGGCGUCGGCCUCCGGAAGACCAGCGUCCUCGGGCUCAAGUCCAUCGACGUCUACGCAUUCGGUGUGUAUGCGGAUGGCAACGAUUUGAAACAGCAGCUAAAGGAGAAGUACCACAAGUUCUCUGUCUCUGAAUUGAAGGAAAAUUCUGAGCUGAUCAAUGAUGCGUUGGAGCGCGACAUACGGAUGGCUGUCAGGCUGCAGAUUGUUUAUGGGAGGCUAAGCAUUCGCUCGGUUCGCAGUGCAUUUGAGAAGAGUGUGGGAAGCAGGCUUCAGAAGUUUGGUGGACAGGACAACAAAGAAUUACUUCAAAGUUUUGUUUCACUUUUCAAGGAUGAAUACAAAUUACCGAAGGGGUCUGUGAUUGAGCUUUCAAGGGAAUCAAGCAAUGUGCUUAAAAUAAGUAUUGAAGGCGAAGAAGUGGGGAGCAUCCAGAGCAAUCUCUUGUGCCGGUCUAUUUUGGAUCUCUAUGUUGGAGACGACCCAUUUGACAAAAAUGCAAAAGAUAGCAUCCAAGAAAAUAUAGCUAGCCUUCUUAAAAGUUAAAAGGGAUGUUAAAUGGUACUGAGAACUUUCAUGGAUCUUAACAUUCUAGUUCCAAUGGCAUUCAUACGUUCGUUUAAAUCUGUGCCCACUGUUCUUUCCUAUUUGCUUCUACUUCUGGACUUACUGCCUUUCAAUCAGAAAGAAUAAAAAUAUGGCAGACAUAAAAUUUCCAUCUUGAAUGACAAUUUGGUGAUUAACCGGUGAAAUUACCUAA